AUGCGUGGAACUUCCGAAAUAAUCGCCCGGCAGUUCAGCCGCUUGGGUAUUCACGUUGCCAACAAACCGGCAUCUUCACUACGCGCAGCACUAUCUCGAGUGAAGGAUCCCAUCCCCAAAGAGCAACAAACGAAUGUAAUUUAUCGCAUUCCGUGUGCUUAUUGCUUUUGCGUGUAUGUUGGCCAUACAGGUCGAUGCCUGGGCACCCAUAUCAACGAACACAAACUAGCUAUCCGUCGGCGAGACCCCCUGUCCCUCGUCUUUGCCCAUGCACUCGAGUACGACCACCGAUUCAAUUGGGAUGGCACUGAGGUCGUCGCCAUGGCUAACACAAAGCGAGCGAGGGAAUUUCUCGAGGCUUGGUACUCCGAUGCGGGUAGCUUUAACCGCCACGUUGACUUAAAUGCCCAUUACGAGGGUCUACGUUCACGAAUGACUGCCGCCUGCCCUAAUCACGCAUCAAAGACCGCGAAUACAGCCGCCCGCAUUCCGACUGAUUCACCACCCGCCCUCCGCCUCCAGCACGGUGUGCCGUAA